GCCGGCUGCGUGCGAGACGAGUCGCUGAGCGCGGCCUUCUCGCCGCCCUUCUCUCCUCCCCCACUUCCUGCCGGGCCGGCCGCGGGCCGCACCUGCAGGAGCGCCCUCCCCAUUGGUGACAUCUUGGCGGGCCCAGCGGAGGCACUUCCUCCUCUGCACCCCGUGACCCGCGUCCGCUGCCGGCCUCGGUCACGCGGCUCCCCUUCCCGGACUCCGGACCCUGCGCCCCUCCGCCCAACGGCCUUCCCGACGUGGUGCAGAACAAACGGAGCACGCACUUGGACUUUCCCCGGAGCCCUCUGCGUUGUUAAGCCUCGGGUGAAAUUGGGGGGUGUGUGGCUGUGAGCCGCGGCGCCUGCUGGAUGAAAAUAGAAACCAGUCCUGCUCUCCGCGGUGGACAAUUCGUUACCUACCAGAGUGUCCCCCACUGAAGGCAUCCGUGGUGGUUUUUCAAGCCACGAAAAACUGCACCCAGACUUGUCUGACAUCUGCCCUGUCACGUGUCCAUGAUGCUGGGCCCUGAGGGAGGUGAAGGCUUUGUGGUCAAGCUCCGUGGCCUGCCCUGGUCCUGCUCUAUUGAAGAUGUGCAGAACUUCCUAUCUGACUGCACAAUUCGUGAUGGGACUGCAGGUGUCCAUUUCAUCUAUACUAGAGAAGGCAGGCAGAGUGGUGAGGCUUUUGUUGAACUUGAAACAGAAGAUGAUGUAAAAAUGGCCCUGAAAAAAGACAGAGAAAGCAUGGGACACCGGUACAUUGAGGUAUUCAAGUCCCACAGAACCGAGAUGGACUGGGUGUUGAAGCACAGUGGUCCCAACAGCGCCGACACUGCCAACGAUGGCUUCGUCCGCCUUCGGGGACUCCCAUUUGGAUGCACAAAGGAAGAAAUUGUUCAGUUCUUCUCAGGGUUAGAAAUCGUGCCAAAUGGGAUCACUUUGCCUGUGGACCCCGAGGGCAAGAUUACAGGGGAAGCUUUUGUGCAGUUUGCCUCGCAGGAGUUAGCUGAGAAGGCUCUCGGGAAGCACAAGGAGAGAAUAGGGCACAGGUAUAUUGAAGUGUUCAAGAGCAGUCAGGAGGAGGUUAGGUCAUACUCAGAUCCCCCUCUGAAGUUCAUGUCUGUGCAGCGGCCAGGCCCCUAUGACCGGCCUGGCACAGCCAGGAGGUACAUUGGUAUCGUGAAGCAAGCAGGCCUGGAGAGGAUGAGACCUGGUGCUUACAGUGCGGGCUAUGGAGGCUACGAGGAGUACAGUGGCCUCAGCGACGGCUAUGGCUUCACCACUGACCUGUUUGGGAGAGACCUCAGUUAUUGUCUCUCAGGCAUGUAUGACCACAGAUAUGGAGACAGUGAGUUCACCGUGCAGGGCACCACCGGCCACUGUGUUCACAUGAGGGGGCUGCCAUACAAAGCGACCGAGAAUGACAUUUACAACUUCUUCUCUCCACUCAACCCUGUGAGAGUCCACAUUGAGAUCGGCCCUGAUGGAAGAGUGACGGGUGAAGCAGACGUUGAGUUUGCCACUCACGAAGAAGCCGUGGCAGCUAUGUCCAAAGACAGGGCCAACAUGCAGCACAGAUACAUAGAACUCUUUCUGAAUUCGACUACAACAGGGGCCAGCAACGGGGCUUACACUAGCCAGGUGAUGCAAGGUAUGGGGGUGUCCGCAGCCCAGGCCUCCUACAGCGGCCUGGAGAGCCCAGCGGUGAGUGGCUGUUACGGGACCAGCUACAGUGGUCAGAACAGCAUGGGUGGAUACGACUAGCUUUGUAGGAGCAUUGAAGUUAUUUCAGUCAAAUUUUCACAGGCAGCCAAUGAGCAGUGAAGAGCAGUUCUAACUCUAGAGGAAGCUGGGGGACCCAUUUCGCACCAUUAGUUUGUGAAAUCUGGACUAAAAGAUUACCUCUUCAGUGUUUUCUCAUGCAGGCUUUUCUUCUAGCAUGUGAUAGUGCGUAAGCUAAAACUAUUUUCAGCUUUUCUCAAUUAACAUUUUGGUAGUAGUCUUCAGUGAUGUUAUCUGAGUUUAAAAAAGUUUAAGUAUGUUAAAUGUGGAUCUUUCACACCGCAUCACAGUGAACACUUUGGGGAGAUGUGCUUUUUUGGAAAACUCAAAGGUGCUAGAUCCCCACUUCAAAGACAAACUUUUCUCAUGCUGGUUCAUUCUCGUUUAUAUUUUCAUUUAAAAUCUUUUAGGUUAAGUUUAAGCUUUUAAAAGUUAGAUUUGAGAAUUGAGACACAAUACUAAUACUGUAGGAAUUGGUGAGGCCUUGACUUAAUAGCUUUCUUUGUACUGUGAUUUCUUUUGGGUGUAUUUUGCUAAGUGAAACUUGUUAAACUUUUUGUUAACUAAAUUUUUUCUUAAAAUAAAGAGUUUUUCACGAUGA